AUGUAUCUCCCUCCAGUAGGAGCAGGUGGUAUUCCGGCCGAUCCACCUCCGGAAGACAUUGAAGGAAUUGAGCUCUCAAUAUUUCCCAGGAGAUCUCGUGGUGGACUUCCAGAAGACUUCGAAGAGCUCGAAUUAUCAGAGAUAUCUGGAAGAUCGAUUCGAGAGAACCCCGGAGCCCGCCCUCGAUAUAUAUAUCGAUGUCACUGUCGACAGGUCAUCGGCGACACAUAUACCUCUCAAUACGUCGCCGGACUGGCCUUCAUGUUGACUUCUUUUUUGAAAUGGAAGGAAAUCUCGCCUUAUCAUUUUCGUGUCAUAUACUGUGUUGUUUCUGUUCAUUCGAUACUUGGUCUGGUUGCAAAUUAUGACCGGCAAUCUUUCUUAAGCUAUAUACUAUUCGGUCGUAUGGACAAGAGACUGAUAAGACACGAUGGUUCGAGGAUGAAGUUUCAGUUCAAGAUGACGGAUUUUGCGUUUUUACUCAGUCUUGCUUUGUUUGUGGCAUUUUCGAUUUUCGUGCCAUUACGUAACAGCAGUUGCUUUUCAGUGUGUUACCCGAUCGAUACUAGAGUAUUUGGAAUCUCUGCGGGUGCGUUUGUGGCCUUGUUAUGCAUGGCAUUAUUUGGAAAUGGUGGUCAUGGUCCAUUUGCAUGGACCUUCUUCACAUUUUGCACUGUUGGAUAUCUUGCUCUUCAGACCUGGCAGUUUCAUCACCUCACGCAAGUUUUUCGACCAGCAAAACUUCCACCGGGAGCAUCGAACGAGAACCUCUUUUCUUUCGGGCAGAUACUGGUAUUCUUUAUGAUAUUUCCUCUAAUAGCUGACUUUUAUGCUGCUUUAUUAGUUGAUUUAGCACGUAUACGACAUAGCACAGUAGAAGGAGUUCCGGUUGUUACCACAUUUUUGAGUAUUUUUCGCACUCUGCUGCCAUGGUUUUUGUAUCGUAUUAAACAAGACGUCGUCAACGUGGCCAAUAAAAUGACUGACCCAAUCCUGCGUCGAGGAGCAGCUCCAAUAUCCAAGUUUAUUGGUAAAACACGUGCGCUCUUCACGUUUAAGAAGAAAUUUAAGUCAAGGAGGACCAACACAGACCGGUUGGAAAGAGGUCCUGUCGCAUCUGAACAUACCUCAGCAACCGACUUAGUGCCGCCUACAGCUAACACCAGUGGGGCUGUCCCGGUAGGAGUUUCUACUGACGCGGUGCCGAACUUGCCUGUGAUUAGAAGAUCGACUUAUGAAGUAGGCGACGAGAUCAGGCAGGUUCGAAGAACUGGAACAGAUCCAGCCAAUUGA